AUGGUCAAGAGCCACCCCGCGGUCAUCGCCUUGGGCCAGAAGAAGGGCCACCCCGUCACCAAGUUCAAAGCUGCCUCCAAGCAGUCCAAGCAAGCCAGGCCUUCAGAGCGUAAGGGCGCCCUUGGCAAGAGAGUCCGUCUCAUCCGUCAAGUCAUCGGAGAGGUCGGCGGCGUCUCAACCUACGAGAAGAGAGUUAUCGAGUUCCUCAAGGCCGGCUCCGUGAAGGAUACCAAGCGUGCCCUCAAGCUCUCCAAGAAGGCCCUCGGCACCCAUCGUCGCGCCAAGCUAAAAAGAGAGUCACUCAUGAACCUCCUCAGAGCUCAACAAGCCAAGGCAAAGAAAUGA